GCGGCUCCGGCACAUGGCUGAAGCGGGCCCCCCCAUGCGGCUGAAGGAAUGGCUCAUCGCCCAGGUGGAGAGCGGCGGGUACCCGGGUCUGUGCUGGGAGGACCGCGAGAAGAAGGAGUUCCGUAUCCCCUGGAAACACGCCGCCAAGCAACACUACCGGCAGCAGGAGGACGCGGCGCUCUUCAAGGCCUGGGCCAUUUACAAAGGCAAAUACCACGAGGGGGUGGACAAGGCUGACCCCUCCGUCUGGAAGACUCGCCUGCGGUGUGCCUUGAACAAAAGCAUCGACUUCAAGGAGGUCCCCGACCGGAGCCACCUGGACAUUUCGGAGCCCUACAAAGUGUACCAGAUCGUCACAGAUGUGUCCCAAGAAACGGAUAAGGGCAAGGGCAAGAGGCCCCCCAGGGAGCCGAGGCAGCCCCCAGUGUCUGCGCAGCAAGAGUCUGGAGUGAACCGCCUGCCGAACCAGGCCGGGUCAUCCUCCGACGCAGGGCAGGGCCGCCCGGAAGAGCCCAGGGCAGCGUGCCUGGAUACUCCAGGGUCACCCCAAGCCUUCCAGAACCCCAGCCUCUCCGAUCACCUCGGAUACCAGGUGCAAGGCUAUUUCUACAGCUGGAGCCCUGCACACUUCCGCUGCCACGCGAGUCCACGCUUCGCCAGUCCCGUCAUCCCCAGCACGGACAAUGAAACCACCAACUCAGACUUCUGGCUACACAUCCGGCUCUAUUACUGCGACGUGCUGGUGAAAGAAGUGACCACACGCACCGCCGAGGGCUGCCGGAUCACCUACCGCCCGGUGCCAGCCGACAACGAGCACCUGUACGGGCCCAGCGCCAUGGAGCAGGUCCAGUUCCCCUGUCCCGGCACGCCGGCGGGGGACGGCCCGGCCGCCCGGGUGGCGGGGGUCCUGGAGCGGCUGCUGCCCCACCUGCACCGCGGCAUCCUCCUCUGGGUGGCCCCCGAAGGGGUCUUCACGAAGCGCCAGUGCCAGGGCCGCGUCUACUGGAAGGGGCCCCUGGCCCCCCACGAGGACCGGCCCAACAAGCUGGAGCGCGAGCGGACCUACAAGCUGCUGGACACGCAGCAGUUCCUCCAGCAAUUACGGGGCUUCCUGAACCACGGCAAGCCCCCUCCCCAGUACCAGAUCCACUUCUGCUUCGGAGAGGAGUACCCAGCAGCCCCGAACCAGAAGCUGCACAAGUUCGUCACCGCCUGCGUGGAGCCGGUGUUCGCCCGCGACCUCUGCCUGCACGCCCAGCGCCUGGGGCCCCAGUCGCUGCAGGGCCCUCAGCCCCUCGGCUCGGAUGCUCCCAGGAAUAUCGUCCAGAUCCUCAAGCAGCUGUGCUCCCCUUGAUGCGGAAGGAGAGGGCCUGGCGGAGGACCGGCGGGGAGAUGCAGGUGGAGAACUCAUGGAGGAGGAAGGCUCGGGCCUUCAGCCCCGGCUGCCUUGGCUCUCCAGGGUGCAUCUUCUGGCACUGGCUUUGCCCCCAUCGUUACUGAAGUGCGGGUGUGGUCUGACCCAGCUGAAGGCUUCCGCAGAGCAGGGCUGAGGUCUCUGGCUGUACCAUCUCAGGCUGCCGGGGGAGGCCCCCAGCAGCUCCUCCAUGUGGCCGGCAGGCCUGCCGACAGCCAGGUGUCAAGCGAAGCAUCCCCUAGCCUAGCUUUGUGCUUGCCGUGCAAGCCGGACUUCUUACCUGCAGGGACCUGGGGGAAGGACUGCCAGACCUCUGACUGGGGGGGACGCCGGCACCGUUGGCUCAACAUUCCUUCGGAAGAGGGAACUUUGCUCCCUUGUCCCUGCCCGUCUCUCCUGUCCCGCUUGCCUCUGUCUUGAUCGGUGGCUGUCGGAAAUGCCGCAGCCCCAGCACAAACCCGCCACCGCCUUUCCUGAGCAGGAGAGCUCGCUUUGGGCAGGAGCACUGGCCUCCUUGGCAACCGCAGAAUAGCCUGGGCUCUGCCCACCCCACGUGCUUUGGACGGACAGUUUCGCUCUCAGUCGCAGGCUCCAACCUGCUUGGCCCAUGCUGAGCUCAAGGCAAAGGGCAGGGUCUGGCUUGGAACUCGCAAUCGGCCGGCACCGGGCGACAGUUUCCGCCUGGAACCCAAGGGCCGCGGCUGCUCUCCGGUGUAGGCAAUGCUGAGCUGGGGGCUCAAAGGGCUGCCUUGGAAUAACUGGAAUGUGCAAUGGAACCGUUACAGCAGGUUAAGAAGGAGGUUUGGAGGGACGCAGCACGUGCAUCCGAACUGGGUGUC